CCUGCAAUUUCAUAUCUACAGUUAAAUAUUCGUGUUCUUGUUCUCUACAAUUUCUAGGGCUUUGUGUUGUGUUGUUGGUCCGUUGGUGAUAUCUUCUCUUUCCCCUCCUCUGUUCUUCUCUCAUUUUUAUCUUCUUGGUCUUUGAGCUCCGCCUCUGUUUUCUCAGUGUCGGUGAGUUGCUUGUUCGUUGACUGUCUGUUCUGUGAUUUUUGGGGGGGGUUUUGAAUCUGAUCUCCUGCAUUUCACGAGAAUUGUUUGGGUUUCGUUUCCUGUCGUUUCUUGAUAAGCUUCGCAUUGAGCUGGUAAUCGUGUAUCAGGAAUACCGUGUUUGAUGAACUGAUCUCUGACCAGAAGCCACAAAAAGACUAGGAAAAGGUGGUUUUUCAUAGACCAGAGGGUUGGCUAAUAAAUCAUCUGAGAUUGAGCUUUCAAACCAAUUGCCUUCUAUUUGCUUGAAACAAACACUCAAACAGUAUUGGUCAAAAAACUUUGAUAUCCAAAUCUGGAUUCGAUGGACUUGAAAUCAAAUCAUAGUUCUCCCGUUCUAACUGAUCCUGCACCCCUGAACAAAUCAAGAUUUGGCAUCCAUUCUUCAGUGCUGCCAUACUCGACCACUGUCGCAGCCUUUUCUCCUGCCCUCUUCCUGACAAUCCCAAGGAAGAAGCCUGGACUACUUGAUGAUGUUCGGUCCAGUUCUUGGUUGGAUGCCAUGAAAUCCUCAUCUCCUACUCAUAAGAAGAUAAUUAAAGAUCCCAGUACUGAGCCAGCAAAUGAUAAUGAAUUUUCUUAUCGCAGUUGGAUGCUUAAGUAUCCAUCAGCACUUACAUCGUUUGAGCAAAUAACAAACUAUGCAAAAGGCAAGAGAAUAGCAUUGUUUCUGGAUUAUGAUGGGACUCUGUCCCCAAUUGUAGACAACCCAGACCGUGCCUUCAUGUCUCAUGCUAUGCGUGCUGCUGUUAGAAAUGUGGCAAAAUAUUUCCCUACAGCAAUAAUUAGUGGGAGAAGCCGUGAUAAGGUCUAUGAGUUUGUUGGACUAGCAGAGCUCUAUUAUGCUGGUAGUCAUGGGAUGGACAUCAUGGGCCCUGUUCGGCCCUUUGCUAAGAGUCGUACAAACUGUAUUAGCUCUACUGACAAGCCGGGUAAGGAAGUUAAUUUGUUCCAGCCCGCUAGUGAAUUCUUGCCUAUGAUCGAUGAGGUUUUUAGAUCCCUUGUCGAGAUCACUAAGGAAAUUAAAGGGGCACAAGUUGAGAACAAUAAGUUUUGUGUCUCCGUACACUACCGCAAUGUGGAUGAAAAGAGUUGGACAGCACUUGCACAAUCCGUCCACGAAUUCUUGAAGAACUAUCCACGUCUGCGAUUGACACACGGGAGGAAGGUUUUAGAGGUACGGCCUGUGCUGAAUUGGGAUAAGGGCAAAGCUGUUGAGUUUGUACUAGAAUCACUUGGGUUAAGCAAUUGUGACGAUGUGCUCCCCAUAUAUAUUGGAGAUGAUCGGACUGAUGAAGAUGCCUUUAAGGUUUUGAGAGGGGGUAAUAGAGGUUAUGGCAUCUUGGUGUCUUCUAUGCCAAAGGAAAGCAAUGCGUUUUACUCUCUCAGGGAUCCAUCAGAGGUCAUGGAUUUUCUUAAGUCAUUGGUAACAUGGAAGAAGUCAAGUGCACUAUAAACAUGAUUUAAAGAAGAGUAUACUCUGGUACAUAUGACAUUGGAAAGUUUUAUAUGUCCUUUAAUAAGAUUUAUAAAGUCUCCAUGAAGUUUCCGGAGCGAGAGGUGCAUAAAAGAGCUUCUGGAGUAUUUGACAGGAGUUGUAAAUUCUUUCUGCUCGGAUACUUUUCUUUGUACAUCAUUUUCUUCCUCUAUUGGCACCAAGGACGCUCACAUUCAUACCUGAGACCAGUAAUCAUGUGUUCUUUCCUCCCCAGUUUUGAUUAUUAGAUCUACCUAUGGGGUUGUGCACAAAAAUAUAUUCAUUGAUUAAUUUGGUACCCGGAAAUCAAUUUUUCUCGUGGUGUCCACCUUUUUUUCUUCUUUUGCUGUGAUUAUGUGGUGUCAAUUAUUGUUUACUACGUGCACCGGGUGCUUAUUUUAGUUUAGUCAUUAGUUCUGUCAACUGUAGCAAACUAGUUAUUCAAAUGUUCAAGGGCAUGGCUGCUGUUUUUCAUGUAUAUUAUGUGAUUUUGAAGGAAAUUUGCCACGGGAUGUAGGGAA